AGUACGCUUGAUCAGCCGGCAUUUUCAAGAAGAUGGCGGAUAGUCAGAGUGGAGAAGUUGGGGAAGGCUCCGAAAAACCGUCAGAAAACACAAAUACGGCCACCAACAGCGAUGAGACGGACAUCAAGACUCCACAGAUCCCAGUCGGACCUCCACAUUCUAGCAGUAGGUUCGAAGUCGCUGCAGUCAACGAGGACAAAGAUGAGAAGUCCGACACAGCUGGUGGGAACGGUAACGUAGCGCCGGGGAGCGCUCCGCCGGCCGAUGCGACUGUCAAACCGUCGCCGUCGUACAGCGCCACCGGGGCCAGCCAGGCGGAGUCCAACCUCGGGUCCGAGCUGUCCAGCGAGGACGCCAAGCCUAACCGCUUCUCCGUGCGCUUUGCCGACGGGCGAGAUGACGAGGCCGCCGAUAACUUGGAGAUGUCGUCGUUGGGGAGGGGGGCGGAGUCUCCACCAGCCUCCCCACAAGACACACAGGGCGACACCCACCACAGAACUUUUGGGCACAACACGAUCGAUGCUAUUCCUCUCAUGGACUACUACAGGAACUCCUCACAGUUUUUGGAGGGAGAGGACGUCAAACGACGGCCUACUCUUGUGGAGUUACACGAAGGCAAAACUGAGACCAAGUCCCACAAGCGUGGUGACUCUGUGCUGCUGGAUAUCCAUUCUCCCAGCAGUGUGGAGGAAGAGACAGGAGCUCAGAAACCAGCCGGACCUGCCGCUAUCAAGUUUGGCUGGAUCAAGGGGGUUCUGGUGCGAUGUCUGCUGAACAUCUGGGGAGUGAUGCUGUUCAUACGACUGUCCUGGGUCGUGGGGCAGGCUGGGAUAGGAUUUUCUUCAAUCAUUAUCCUUCUGUCAGCUGUUGUGACCACGGUGACCACACUGUCCAUGUCUGCUAUCUGCACAAACGGAGAGGUCAAAGGAGGGGGUGCGUAUUACCUGAUAUCUCGCAGUUUGGGCCCAGAGUUUGGAGGUGCCAUUGGACUCAUCUUUUCUUUGGCUAAUGCUGUGGCAGUUGCCAUGUAUGUCGUCGGUUUCGCUGAAACAGUGCGGGAUCUACUUAAGGACAACAAUGCCCUGAUGACAGAUGAGACAAACGACAUCCGUAUAGUGGGCUGUAUCACCAUUGUGCUGCUGCUGGGGAUCACCAUGCUGGGCAUGGAGUGGGAGGCAAAGGCUCAGCUUGGGCUGCUGGUGAUCCUGGUCAUUGCUAUUUUAAAUUACUUCAUUGGAGCCUUCAUCCCUGCCACCAGGGUCAAGAUGUCUAAAGGCUUCUUGAACUACCAAGGACAAAUAUUUACAGACAACUGGGUCCCAGAUUUCCGAGAAGGGGAGAGCUUCUUCUCUGUGUUUUCUGUCUUCUUCCCAGCUGCAACAGGGAUCUUGGCUGGGGCCAACAUCUCAGGGGACUUAACUGAUCCAAGCACUGCAAUACCAAAGGGCACCCUGCUUGCCAUCCUGAUCAGCACCCUGGUGUACCUGGGGGCAGCCUGGUCUGUGGGGGCCUGUGUGAUCAGGGACGCUGGGGGAAACAGCACCGUUCUCAGUCUCCUGUACGGGGACGUCAUGGGGAACACCACCCUGCCUACCAACUUCACGGGACCCCCCUCCAUCAGGGAGCUGAUAGACGGCAUCUCUGUGUGUCCAGAGGGGGAAUGUUACUAUGGACUCAUCAACAAUAAACAGGUGAUGGAGAUGGUGUCAGGAUUCGGCCCCAUCGUCACAGCAGGUAUCUUUGCAGCUACUCUCUCCUCCGCACUUGCCAGCCUGGUCAGUGCUCCAAAAGUCUUCCAGGCUGUCUGUAAGGACAAACUGUUUCCUGGGAUCCACAUCUUUGCCAAGGGAGUUGGACAGAGCGAUGAGCCCAGACGGGGGUAUCUACUGGCCUUCGUCAUCGCUGUGGGGUUCAUCCUCAUUGCUGAGCUGAACGCCAUCGCUCCCCUCAUCUCCAACUUCUUCCUGAUGGCGUACGCUCUCAUCAAUUACGCCUGCUUUGCUUCUUCACUGGCCAGAUCACCAGGCUGGAGGCCAUCCUUCAAGUACUACAACAUGUGGGUGGCCCUGGUGGGAUCCCUGGUCUGUCUGGCCAUCAUGUUUGUCAUCAACUGGUACAUGGCUCUCAUCACCCUGGGUGUCAUCUGUGCCAUCUACGUAUAUCUCAACUACCAGAAACCAGAUGUGAACUGGGGCUCGUCUGCUCAGGCCCAGAUGUACACUGAUGCCCUGAAGGCCACGCUGAAGCUGGGUUCUGUGGGAGAUCACAUCAAGACUUACCGCCCACAGCUCCUGGUCUUGACAGGGGCACCCCACCACAGACCCCCCUUAGUAGAUCUUGGGUCCCACAUAACCAAGGACGUUGGGCUGAUGAUCUGUGGACAGGUGAUCCAAGGCGAGCUGACACAGGCCAACAUCAGGAAGUGUACCUCUCAGAAGGAGAACAAGUGGAUGCAGAAGAGGAAGGUAAAGGGCUUUACAUCAGUGGUGUGUUCUCCCAACCUGAGGACAGGAGUACAGAGCAUGUUACAGCUGACAGGGAUGGGUAAGAUGAGGCCCAACUCUAUCCUGAUGGGGUACAAGCACAACUGGAGGAGCUGCACCUAUGAGGAGAUAGACGACUAUGUUGGUGUCAUACACGAUGCCUUUGACAUGAACUACGGUGUGUGUGUGCUGAGGAUGAAGGGUGGUCUGGACAUCUCAACCAUUGAGACCAAGAAAGACAGAAUGACCGUCACCCCAGACAGUGGACUAGGGAGAACCUACGUCUAUAGUGUAAACACUGAAAAGAAGCCGACCACACUAGAGCUUCCCAACACCAACGGGCCAACAGAAGGCAACACUGUGUCUUCCACGCCAGACUCUGUCCAGCUGACAAUAGCAAGUGCCACCUCCAGGACCUCAUUUUGGUCGAGUGGUGCCGCUGCUUUUGUUGGGAGCUCGCCUAUGUUUCUGCCACAAGACUUCUACAAGGCCUCCCCCAUGUCUGUAGGCUCUGCCGCCUUUAGCUGCUCUCCUUCGCCUAGCAUCCUGCUUACAGAACCUCCACUGCCCUUCCCUGUCUGCAAUGGCUCUGCUGUGGUUAUCAUUGACACUAGCUCCAGCCCCGAUAACUCUGCACAAGACAUGCCGAGGGAGGACAGCAAGGCAGGCUCCGCUGAGUCGUCGCCAAACUACUCUCCACAAGACUCGCCCACCCUGCCCCACCGGACCCCCGCGGAGAUCCCGGAGAACGAGAUCGAGACGACCCCGCUGGCCGCCAGCUCGGAGAACAUCGCGCAGGACAGCGGGGACGAGGGGGGAGAGGAGGACAACCACCACCGCUGUAUCCACAAGGGGGACGAGGGCAACAUCCUGAAGGACGUGGACAUGAGCAAGUUCAAGACCGCAAACACCUUCCAGAACAAGCAGAAGAAAGGAACCAUCGAUGUGUGGUGGUUGUUUGAUGAUGGAGGUCUGACACUGCUGGUGCCCCACCUCCUCUCCCUGAAGUCCCAGUGGAAACACUGCAAGCUGCGCGUCUUCACUGGCGGCAAGAAGUCUCGAAUUGACCACGACAGAAGAAUGAUGGCUGCCUUACUGUCCAAGUUUCGUAUUGAUGUCCAUGAUGUGUACGUGCUGGGAGACAUGAACCACAAACCCAGGGAAACUAGUAAGACUGAGUUUGACAACUUGAUUGACCCGUGGAGACUGAAGGAACACCAGUUUGAGUCUGACGAGGGCCGCCGGCUGCGUGAGCAGUACCCAGAGAAGAUCUCUGACGAUGAGUAUGAGACUGUCCGAGACAGAGUUAACAGACACCUUCGUCUUCGCGAGCUGCUACAAGAACAUUCCAAGGAUGCCUCCCUCAUCGUCAUCACAUUGCCCAUGCCGAGGAGAGGUGUGGUGUCCACAGUGAUGUACAUGGCUUGGCUGGAGAUACUGUCCAAGGACCUUCCACCUGUCCUGAUGAUGAGGGGGAACCAACAGAGUGUCCUUACCUUCUACUCCUAGUCUCCUCUGCAUCCAUACAUGUAGCUUAUAUCCAGCUCUGCUCUGCGUCCCCUGCUGGUCCUGGAGAUGGUCAGGCUUGACAGAGAGAUGGGCAGUGCCACUUGGCUGUAGGGAUGGCCACAACAGAAAGAGGAACAAGAUUUUUUCCACUCAGCAAUCUGGCAGCUUCAUCCACCUUGACAACACUGAUAUGCUGCUGCAUCUCAUUUUGUGUUUUCUGUUCAGCUUUUUCUGUCAGACGUCAAAACAGGUUUUAUGCAGUCAACAAAGUCAUUGAAUGUUUCUUUCUACAUUGUAUAUUAUUACCUUAUAACCUUACCUUACAAUGCAAACUUGAGAUAACUGAAAUGUUACUGUCAUUGAAAUGUUACUUGGCAGUGAAAAAGUCUCAUGGUAUAUUAAAAAAGUGUUUACAAUGUAUUUAGUGGAUGCCAUUAUUUUCUGUAGACUGUGUCAACUGUAGUGGAAAGCUGUUUCAGCAUAUCAUUUCAAAAGCUUCCGAAUGGCAAGUCAAAGGAGAAUAGCAAUAGACAAUCCAAAAUGUUGUUCUGAAAAAGGCUUUUUUGUGAGUUCAAAUAUUUGGCCUCUGAGAGCACAGAACUCCCUAGUGAUUCUGUUAUCUACGUACAAGACAAUCUCCUACAUUUUUUUAAUGUCCAGUGUAGGUUAUUACAAUCAUAGCACAUAAUAUCUUAAUUCUUUAUAUGCACUUCUUGCACAUACAUUUACAAGUUAGAAUACUGUCACCUUUAGAGAAUUGUACACAUUGACAGAUUUUGUUGGCUUGAAGCUUGCUCAAGCAAUUUUAUAUCCAAGUUAGUGCUUUAUUUGGAAUUAGCAACUACAAUGUAUAGUACAUGGUCAUGUCAGUAUUUAUCAUUUGUUUGUGUGUUUAGACAACUGACAUGGUACUAGAGGUGAUUGCAAGUUGUUAACUUAAGGGAUGUCCAUAUCCAAGAAAUGAAAAUGCCAAUCCUUAAGGGGUGCCUUAGCCUUGGCAGUGAAAAAAGUCUUAGGAGUUUUAAAAACAAAGUCAUGCUGUUUCUGUAUAUCAUAUGCAUAUAGUGGAUAUUAUUCUCCGUAGAUGCCAUCUUAUAUAUUGUACAUAUUUAGCAAUGUUUGCCAUAUAAUCUGUUUUUUAACAAUAUAAAUUUAAGAUAUAUAUAUGACUAACUUCAUUUUUUGUACUUGAAUAUAAUUAUAUGGUCACAUUGUAAAAUUCACAAUGUACAAUUUAGAUUUAGCAGUUGAACUUCAGAUCUUUUUAUACAAAAUUGAAAAAUUGUCAUGAAUGUUUGUUUCUUUUGCCCUCAGAAGGAAGCUUCAGGAUGAGGAAUAUAUAAGCAAAGGAGAUAUGUUUUCUGUACCACAUCCUACGUAUAUACUGCCUUACCUUUAAUACUAUGCAAGAAAAUUUUCAUUUUUGUCUAAUAGUAAAUAAUAGUAUGAACCUUUGUGACAUUCCUCAAACCAUACAGAGAGGUAGCUACAAUGUAUAGUGUAACUAGUUUCCUUGACUCUCCUUGCUGACCAAUACAACUGUGGAGGCAUAGAUGAGACAGAGCAUAGAAAGACUAAGGUUGACAAUGAAAGGUUUUCUCUGUGGCCUUUUCCCAAAGCUUCAGCGUGCCAACUUGAUUUUUAUUCCUCUAUUCCCUGCUACUCUUUUAGGCAGUUCUAAUCAAGGUUGUAACUGACAGCAAAUCAGAGCCUGGAAUCUUUCUUUCAGCAUAACAUUGUACACUAAAUUUUAUGAAUCAUUUUACAUGUACUUUUAAAGUUAGUAAUCACAAAGCACCAAACCUAAUAAUGUCUAUAAUGUCUAUAAUGUAAAUGUAGAUGCAUCAGAAACUGAUCGUAUUGAAUACUAGUACUGCUCACUUUAGAUCAUAGUGAAUACAUUUUACAACUGGACCAAAAUGCUUCAGUGCCUCUACGAACAUAUAGAAAAUGAGGAAAGUCCAGGAAUGCUUACACUGCCCAAGGCUGUUAUAAUAGAACAUCCUAUUGCCCCAUUGACUUUUAAAAUGGACUUACUCUAGCAGAAUGAUUUCUGCUGCAAUGGAUAGAUUUAUGCAAUACUCCUCAAUGUAACUGUAUGUUGGGGUUAUUUCAUUCAGGGCGAUACAUAAUACAGGUCUUCUGACAAACUUUCAAAGUGGAUGACGGGUGGUCAAGAUCAUUUUGAUUGAUGUGGAAAUAGUAUUUGACAUGGAAAUGAGGGAAUCUGUCUUCUUACUACUGACAUUUUCAAAUUAAAAGGAUUUGCCACCCAUUGUCUAACUUGAAGGUAAUGUUGAUUGUUGAUCACAUUUUGAUUAAUGGGGUAAAUGCAAUGCUGUUUUUUUUAAUUACUUAGUACUCUACAACAUAGUAUUUCUGUAAAUGUCAGUCUGCAGAUGUUCCUUGGUUUAAUUGAACAUUUUGCCCUGUGUCAAUCACCGAAAAGAAGACAGCUAUUAUGACAAUGAUAAGCAAUUACUUGAAUUAAUAUCUGGAAGAGUAAUGCGUGCAAAUGAUAUACUGUCUGUAGUAGCAAACAUUCUAAAUUAAUACUCCGUGUCAGUGCCUCAGACUAGAAGUGUAUUGUGUUGUUUGUUGCCACAUAGCAAAUAUACAAGCUUUUGAACAGACCACAUCUAUUUUUAUUCACUUUAUGUAUUAUAGUACUACAUGUAUGUACAUGUCAUGGGCAAGGUAUUUCUUUGUUCUAGCUGUUUGAUGUGCAUUUUUGGGACUGGUAAUUGUGGUUAGAAUAAAGAGUCAUAAACAUG